GAGGAGGAUAAGACAAUGGGUGUGGAGGGAAGCGUCGGGUCUCGCGUCAGGCAUUUAACACAACGUUGCACCUCUCAAACGUUGACGCCGCCCGCCACUCACGCCUCGCACACACCACCUACCGCUCUCCUCGCGCCCUCCUCGCUCAGCCAAAACACUCGCGCACACGCACACCACUUCGCCAGGAGAAAUACGCCGCCUUCGUCGUUUUUGUUGAAUAAAACAAUGAAGAUCUAUGGCCAUGUAGUUGUGAUUAUGCGAACGGGGGAAGAUGGCACCCCAUUCCCACUCACUUACACAAGUUGCACUAUUGGCCGCAAUCAGGACUGUGACAUUAGAAUCCACCUAUCAACUGUGUCCAGACUUCACUGUAAGAUUGAUGUGGAUUCUAAAGGAAAGGCAUUUUUGACAAAUCUGUCACAAGUGAGCCCAACAAUAUUAAACAAAAUACCCAUGGCUACAGAAGAAAUUAGUGUAUUAGAACACAGGGAUAUCAUUACUGUCGAGGAACGAGAGUUUCGAUGGGAGUACCCAGAAGGUUCUGUCUUUGCCAGUUCCUCCCGAAAUGAUCAACUAAUGUACAAGAUACUAACGCCCACAACCAAGUCACCAAUCAGUCAUCAUAAUGUAAAUAGUGAUUCUAGUGGAAUGAAACGCAAAGGGUUUGAGGCCAUUAUUCAAGAGUGUCCAGAUGCCAAGAGGAAGAGAGUCUCUUUUGGCCCACAGCUCCAUCCAGAACAUUUUGAUAAGCUACUACCUCCUGAUACACCAAUCAGUAAAGGGGAAAAGCCCAACACAUUAACCUUGUUAAAUAUCUCUGAGAGUUCUCAUUCGGCUGCUAGGAAGUCCAAGCGCAUAUCUCUUCCCCCACUUAAUAUAGCCAUUGCAGAAGAAAGCGGAAUAGAUACUCCAACUAAGAGCCUUUUGCGGAGACGUAGUCCAACACCAGUGAAACCGUAUAUUGCUCGUAGUCUUGGUCUUCUUGUACCAAAGGUGCUUAAUGAUGGCUCGCCAAAUGCCCAGAAUGACAAGGAUGGCUCGCCCAAACAAAAAGCAUGUUCAGAUCAUAAACCUCUAACAAGAAGUUCCUUUGAUUCUGUAUCCGAUAUUGAUGAUUCUCCAAAAAUGGCAAAGGAAAGAAGUUCUAAAGUACUGCCAACAUUCCCAAGUACAUGUAAAGUUGAGGAUUCUGAACCUUCUAAAAAAGUAGUAUUCAGAAAUUCCCUCAGAAAUUCAGAUAUAUCCAGAAGUCUUCAUCAAGUAACUACAACUAUAAGUUCUCCCAUGAGAGACAUGGAAUUAAAAGUUGCCUUAAGUAAGAUAGAACUGCAUAAAACAACCCCAAAAAGGGCAGAGUCAUCUGAAGCCAUUACUAAUAAGGCAGAUACAUUAGAAGGAACCCCCAGUAGGGCACAGUCGCCUAAAGGAACCCUCAGUAGGGCACAGUCGCCUAAAGGAACCCCCAGUAGGGCACAGUCGCCUAAAGUAACCCCCAGUAGGGCACAGUCGCCUAAAGGAACCCCCAGUAGGGCGCAGUCGCCUAAAGGGACCCCCAGUAGGGCACAGUCGCCUAAAGGAACCCCCAGUAGGGCACAGUCGCCUAAAGGAACCCCCAGUAGGGCACAGUCGCCUAAAGGAACCCCCAGUAGGGCACAGUCGCCUAAAGGAACCCCCAGUAGGGCGCAGUCGCCUAAAGGAACCCCCAGUAGGGCGCAGUCGCCUAAAGGAACCCCCAGUAGGGCGCAGUCGCCUAAAGGAACCCCCAGUAGGGCGCAGUCGCCUAAAGGAACCCCCAGUAGGGCGCAGUCGCCUAAAGGAACCCCCAGUAGGGCGCAGUCGCCUAAAGGAACCCCCAGUAGGGCGCAGUCGCCUAAAGGAACCCCCAGUAGGGCGCAGUCGCCUAAAGGAACCCCCAGUAGGGCGCAGUCGCCUAAAGGAACCCCCAGUAGGGCGCAGUCGCCUAAAGGAACCCCCAGUAGGGCGCAGUCGCCUAAAGGAACCCCCAGUAGGGCGCAGUCGCCUAAAGGAACCCCCAGUAGGGCGCAGUCGCCUAAAGGAACCCCCAGUAGGGCGCAGUCGCCUAAAGGAACCCCCAGUAGGGCGCAGUCGCCUAAAGGAACCCCCAGUAGGGCGCAGUCGCCUAAAGGAACCCCCAGUAGGGCGCAGUCGCCUAAAGGAACCCCCAGUAGGGCGCAGUCGCCUAAAGGAACCCCCAGUAGGGCGCAGUCGCCUAAAGGUACCCCCAGUAGGGCGCAGUCGCCUAAAGGAAUCCCCAGUAGGGCGCAGUCGCCUAAAGGAAUCCCCAGUAGGGCGCAGUCGCCUAAAGGAAUCCCCAGUAGGGCGCAGUCGCCUAAAGGAACCCCCAGUAGGGCGCAGUCGCCUAAAGGAACCCACGGUAGGGCGCAGUCGCCUAAAGGAACCCCCGGUAGGGCGCAGUCGCCUAGAGGAACCCCCGGCAGGGCACAGUCGCCUAGAGGAACCCCCAGUAGGGCACAGUCGCCUAAAGGAACCCCCAGUAGGGCGCAGUCGCCUAAAGGAACCCCCAGGAGGGCACAGUCGCCUAAAGGGUCCCCCAAGAGGGCACAGUCGCCUAAUGGGUCCCCCAAGAGGGCACAGUCGCCUAAAGGGUCCCCCAAGAGGGCUCAGUCGCCUAAAGGGUCCCCCAAGAGGGCUCAGUCGCCUAAAGGGUCCCCCAAGAGGGCACAGUCGCCUAAAGGGUCCCCCAAGAGGGCUCAGUCGCCUAAAGGGUCCCCCAAGAGGGCACAGUCGCCUAAAGGGUCCCCCAAGAGGGCACAGUCGCCUAAAGGGUCCCCCAAGAGGGCACAGUCGCCUAAAGGGUCCCCCAAGAGGGCACAGUCGCCUAAAGGGUCCCCCAAGAGGGCACAGUCGCCUAAAGGGUCCCCCAAGAGGGCACAGUCGCCUAAAGGGUCCCCCAAGAGGGCACAGUCGCCUAAAGGGUCCCCCAAGAGGGCACAGUCGCCUAAAGGGUCCCCCAAGAGGGCACAGUCGCCUAAAGGGUCCCCCAAGAGGACGCAAUCACCAAAAGGAGCCCCCAAUUGGGCACGGUCGCCUAAAGGCACCCCCGGUAGGGCACAGACGCCUAAAGAAACUGCCAAUAGGGCAUGGUCACCUAAAGCUACUCCCAGAAGGGCAGAUUUACCUGAAUCUGAUACAAAGAUUGCAAAGCUUCUUAAAGAUGCCCCUAAGAGAGUAAGAUCUGGAGAUACCCCCCAGAAAGUAGAAUUACUCCAAGUUUCUCCCAAGAAAGGGAGAUCUCCUAAUAAGGUAUUGUCAUCAAAAGUUGCUUCCCUGAAAUUAUCAAGAAAAGAAGUGUGUGUUGUAGCAUCACCAUUGUCUCCGAAAAAGGUGGCAUCACCACUGUCUCCCAAGGAAGUUGAAUUGUCCACCUUAAAAAAGGUGGCAUUGCUUUCAGCAUCACAUAACUCUCCCAAGAAGAGUGAAUUGUCAGUGUCGUCUUCGAAGAAGCGUUCAUCAUUGAGAGUACAGCUUCAACAUAUAAUAUUGCCCAAAAAUGCAAAGAGAAGCCUUCACCAGAGUCUUGUAAGCUCUCCAUACAGUUCUUUGAUCAAUUCUCCGCAGGAUAAGAAGAGAAAGGCAAGCUUAACCCCACUGCCCCAUGUACUCAAGAGACUUAAAACUGGAGCUUCUACUCCAAAUUCAGUUCAAAAGAUCAAGACUUCCAGUAGGAAAACUCCUGCAAAAAUUGUGAAGAAAACGCCAAAGAAAUCCUGGGCUGAUGUAUUGAAAAGGGGUCUUAUGGCUAAUGGUGUACCAUGCUCUAGGAUUCAGCGUUCUAACCAAGUGAUGAGGAGAGCUAGAGGUGUUCGUGCCAACAAAAGAUCUGCUUUUAAGUCAAAAUUACCUACAACUGUGUUUGAAAAGGAGAUUCCCAAAAAGUUUGAAUUUGGCCAGACUACUGGGCAUGCUAAUUCCCCUGCUUCAAUAUUCAUCCAUAAGAAAACUUGUAAAACUCCCAAAGUAUUCCGAAAGGGUCGCAAGAGUCCCCUAAAAGCCGUUUUUGCCACAUCAUCUUCUGGAAAAUAUGAUAACCUGGAAGGACUCGGAGAGCUUCUUGCUACACCAACGGCAAACAGGAGAGAGAGAGAGAAUUCUCCAGUUAUUAAAGAAAAUUCUUCUAUGAAAGAAGAUACUCCUCAAAGUGCAAGUAGAAAACUUAGCUCAAAAACGCCUUCUCCAAUGAAAACACCUGCUGAAAGUUCAAAUGAAGAAUUGAUGGAAUCUUUAGGUACUUCACCUGCCCUCUUCUCUCCUGCCACACCAUCAACAUCAAAAAGUGUUCGUUGUUCUAUCGGGAACAGAUAUUUGUCACAAAUCAGUCACUCGGCAUCCUAUAUUAACAUGACCAAUUUUGAUUUUUCAUCAAUAAAAACUCCGGAUGUUACAGAGGAUAAUUUUAUAUCCCCACUUGUAACUCCAGCCACUUCCAAUAAGACUCCAGAGCACUUGAUUAGACGUUCUACAGAAAAGUCAUUUAUGGCAUCGCCAGUGGACAUACACUUAGAAACUGAUGCUACUACUUUUGACUUUGAAAAUGCUCGUACGCCUGAUGUUUCACAGCUUGAUUUUGUUUCUCCGGUGAGUACAAGAUCUAAGAAUUCAUCUCGGGUUACUGAAUAUGACAGUGUUGUAGGGAGAAAAUCCCUGUUAUCAACCCCUAAGCCUAUUGGACAGUUUUGUAAAGGUUUGCCAACUGACGAACAUGGGAUAAAGAGAUUGCUUCGCACACCAAGAGCUGUGGCUUCUACACCUAAAGUUAUUGCUACUGUAAAAAAUAUAUGCAAAACAUCUCUUAAGGGAGAAGAGUAUAGUAAAAUCAAAAUUCCUAGCGAGGUAAAAACAGAUCAUUUUGUACCUGAAAGAAAUGAUUUCAAGAGAAUUGCAAUACCUUUUAUGGACAACGUUGAAGCAAAUGAUAGAGGAAUGCAAUUAAGAGUUCAAGAGCAAACACCAAAGAGUCCUCAGGGUGAUGAAAAUGUUAUGAAUAAAUCUAAGCAAUCUCCUAAUGUUUAUGCUGCAGGGAAUCUUAAAGGUAAUUAUACAGAUGGUGUUAAAUUUAUGAGAACACCAAAAACUGCAUCUCCCGAUUCUAAUAAUCCUAAGAAUGUCGAUUCUGCUAAUAUAAGGAAGAUACUUCAGCAUCCAGAACCAGUGCAAGACUCAAAAGCUGAUUAUACUGAUGUUCGUGGUGUCCGGAAACUAAUGAAGACUCCUAAAGCAGCUGGUUCAAUUGAUAAUGCAGAUGAAGCUCACAUAAUUGCAAUUAGAAGGAUUCUUCGCACUCCAAAGUCAGUGUCUGAUAGCCCUAAAGCUGAUUAUUCGAAGGUUGCUGGUGUAAGGGCACUUUUAAAGACACCUAAUACAACUGCUCAAGGCAGUCCAAAAGCUGAUUACACAGAUGUUAGGGGUGUUAAAAAGCUAAUGAAAACUCCAAAGGCAGCUGUUCCAGAUGAUACUGAUGAGACACUUACUGCAAUAAGGGAGAUACUUUGCACUCCAAAACGAGCACAAGGUAUCCAAAAUUCUGACUGUUCAGAUGUCGGUUUUAAAAAUCAAAUAAAAACUCCUAUAACUACUAAUCUAGACCCAACUAUAGAAUACAGCAAUAUUGCUGGACUUGACAGAUUAAAUAUAUGUCUAAAGCAAAUACAGGUAUCCAGUGAAAAAGAUUCUGCACCUGAAUGUAGUAAUUUUCAAGUCCCUCAGAAACUUUUCAGAACUCCAAGCAGCAGCUCAGAAAGCAAAGAACCUAUAGCUGACUAUUCUGAGCCUAAAGGGUUAAAGAAACUGCUUGCUACACCCAGACAAAAGAAAUGCAGUCCAUUCUCAGAUUAUACAAAUGUUGCAGGUAUGAAAAAACUACUUAGCACACCACAUACUCCUUUUAAUUCUCCUGAAGCAGAUUAUACAAAUGUCCGUGGCUUGCGGGCAUUAAUGAGAACCCCGAAAGUUAAAGAUAAUUCUCUUGAAAUAGAUCUUGAAGGGUUAAGUCAGCUAAUGACAACACCUCUCUCAGACCAUACUAAUAUGGUAAAGAAAAUUGUAGAACUGGUGCAGCAUUCUUCCACUCCUGAGUCUUCAAGAAAACUGCAUAGCUCUCUAAAAGUUAGCCCAGCUACAAGUUCUCCUUCUGAAAACAUACCACCAGUAGAAGAUGUAAAUAAUCAUGCAAAAAAUGAAGAUGGUACACCUCGUAGAUCUCAAAGAAAUGCCAGAGCCAAGAAACCAGAGGUUACAGAACCAGUAAGGCGUGGACGAUCUCGAAAGGGUGGAAAGAACGAGACCAUAUUUCAAAGCCAUGCAGUAGAGUUCACACUGGAGCAGAUUGAAUCAUCGCCUGUUGUACCAGAACGUAGUUUACGAUCUAGAAGAAAAGUUAAUACAGUUGAUAAGCAAGUGUUAACUAAGAAAAAAUCCAGGAAGGGUAAAAUGACAUCUGAAGAGGAAAUCCACAAUUCCAGCAUAGAAAGCAAACCAUAUGAAACAAGUCCUCUGGUUGUGGAAAAUAGAGUUGAUGCCAAGUCAUUGGAAGCAAUAGAUACAGCAGGAAACACACAAGAAAGACAAACUAUAUCUUCCUCAGAAAUUAAUAAUACUUCUGGGAAGGUGAGCCCUCGUACUUCAACUACAUUACCAGUCAGAAAAAGACGUAACCAAAAGAAAGCUGAAUUGGAGGUACCUAUAGCAUCUCAGAGUAAAAGAAGAAAAACAAAAAUUGAAGUGACAGAAGAAUUUUCCCAAAUAUCUUCACCAGUGUUGGAGAAUUCUGUAAGCAGCAUGUCAUCAGGUAAAACAAAAGCAGAUAAAUGUGAAUCUACACCAGUACGAAGAGGCCGUGGGCGAAAGAAUGUCAAAGAAACUGGCAAUUCUAGUUCAAAUAGUACUAGUAAUUUCAAAUAUACUGAUGAGCUGAAAAUUAACCAAGUGGCCAAUGUGGAAAAUAUUGAUCUAACACCCUCCAGAACUAGAAAAACUAGAGCACAGCUCUUACUUAAUGUUGUACAAGACAAGUCAGAUGUGUGUUGCGAAAUCCGAGAAGAUGGAGUAUCCACGAUGAAACAAGAAGAGUUUUGUAACAAAGAAGACACACAAACAAGCACACCAGUUCGUAGAGGCCGUGGUAGAAAAAAGGCUUUAGAAACUGAGGACUCGAGUACAAGUAGUUCUAGUAAAGCAACUCAUUCCAAACAUACUAAUGAGUUGAAAAUAAAUUCAGUGGCCAGUGCAGAAAAUAUUGAUCUUACACCCUCAAGAAUUAGAACUAGAAAAACUAGAGCACAACAGACUGAAGUUCAAGAAGAAGCAGCCCCCAAGAAAAGUAGAAGAGGUAGACUUCAAAAAAAGGAGGAAAGUGAAAUUGAACAACCAAUGGCCAAGGUGGGAAAAAAUGUUAUUAAAAAGACAGUCACUGUGGAAGAUGUAAAUGAAAAUACAUUUGAAGAACAGGCAAUUCGAAUUACUCGCCGUGGGCGUACUCGUGUCGAAGAUAAUCCAGAGGAAUCUGUACCAGUAACAAGAAGGAAAAAGGGUAAUGUCAAAUUAGAAAGCAAGGUUGAAGAACAAAAUUUGGAUUCCGAGAUAUUUCCUGAAUCCAAAAAGAAUGAGAGUAAAUCAAAGAAAAGGGAAGUCGAACCUGAAGUGAUCGCACCCAAAACAAGAAGUACGCGAAACAAGAAAGAAAGCAAAGUUUCAGUAGACAAGCCUUCUCAGAAACGAAAAGCAGAUUCAGCAGUGGAAGAGGUGGAAACUACACCAGUCACAAGGUCAAGACGUAACAACACAGAAGAGGAAUCAUAUAAAGAGAUGACAAGAAGAACCCGAGCUCGCAAGUAAAUGCCCACAUGAUAGUACAAUGCUCAUUUGAAGUACCUGGCUCCUUAUCUAUUUGUUAGCCAUUUUGGAUUCAUGUGUAUGAAUUCCACUUUCUAUACUUUAUACACUUGUAUAUCUACCAUAUUUUUAUUGUGGACCUAAUAGUUUUUCUUAUAAGUACGGCUUGAAUGUUAAGAAUAAAUAGUUUUAGUGAAAUUUAGGUGAACAAAUGUUGUCAUAGGGACAAGUAAAACAACCUGAUUUUAAGAUAUAUUAUUCAAAAAGUUGUGAAAGCUUUCUGGCGACCAGAGUUUUGAUAUUAAGUGGUGUUCAGAAUGUUUUAUCUUGACCAAUCUGUUCUCCUUUUAGGUCCAUGCAUUUUUUUACUCUUGUAUGAGGUAAUUACAAUUUGAUUGUUGUGCAAGAUCACCUGGUAUAGUAGUACAUUUUAAGAUUCUUGACUAAUAAUAAUGUCAAAACAUAAAAAAAUUCAUGCAUGUAAAUAGCAAACAAAUUCUUUACUUAAA